AUGGAGGAGGGAGCGGCGGGCACCGCAUCCCACUCCCGUGAAGUCCCCGCCGACAACGCCGGCAACAGCGGUGCGUUGGAACAAAACCUCACAAGGGCACUGUCGUCCUUGUCCACCACCACCGCGACUGCCGCUCCCGCCUCCCCGGUGAUGAUGUCGAUGGCUGCGUCCCUCCUUGACAUUCGUGAGCGCCGUAAUUGGCUCAUUCACCAAUUAUACGUGCGUCAAGAAUAUGUAGAUUGCCUCAGCGUGAUAGAGGCGCAGCUGCAUGAGAGCGAGGGAGUUUGCGAGUAUGCGUUGUACGUCAAGGGACUUCUCAAGAGACGGACUGGGGAGCUGACGGAGUCCCUCAACCUUUUCCAGACUGCCAUGCUGAUCAAUCCGCAGAAUCCGGCAAAUCAGAGACAGGUUGGUCAGGCGCUCUUUUUUCUCGGGGAGCACCGCGCGGCGAUUGACAUGUUUCACGAGGCGCAGCGUGUACGCGAGGUCAACGGCGUCGGCGAUGACUGGGUUAUUCAGUAUAGUAUUGGGAUGUGUUACAUGUACCUUAAAGACUACCAGGGUGCGGAGAUGGCGUUUGUAAGGUCCCUCGCUGUCCAGCGACACGACUGUACCAUGCUGCAGCUGGGUAAGGUGUUGGUGCUGCAGAGGGAUUACCCCAGGGCCAUUAAACUCUACGAGGAAUUCUUGCAAACGUCUCCCGACAAUGUGCAACUUCUGACAGCGCUGGGGCUGUUGUACCUGCAGGUGGACAAUCCCCCGCAGGCUUUCCACUACCUCGGCAAGUGUCUCACCCUAAACUCAUCCAACCCCACAGCUAUUAUGGCGGCUGCCAGCGUCAUGCAAAACAACGGGGACUUUAGUGUGGCCUUGAACAAAUAUCGCGUAGCCGUGGCGAAGCUGCCACAUUCUGCGCUUUUAUGGAGCAACGUUGGAAUGUGUUUUUUCGCUGAGCAAAAUAUGCACGCCGCUGUUGCGUGUUUGCGCAAGGCGGUUGCCUUGGCGCCCUUGGAGUGGCGAAUUGCGUACAACGUGGGGCUGGUGUUUCUGCAUCUGAAGCAAUACGCCUCGGCGUUUCACUACCUUUCCGCCUCAACGUACCUUCAUGGGACAUACGCCCCUGCCUUUAUGCACCUUGGGGUUUGCCUUGCCCUCAUGAACGAUGUUGAUAACGCAUGUGCGGCCUACGCGCGUGCGCUUUCCUUAGAACAGGACCCACUCAUCUCGCUGAACUGCUGCAUUACACUGCUGAACUGCGGGCGGGAGGAGGAGGCGCGGAAACAACUUGCCCAAUUCACGCAGCUCUGGCAUGAACUGCCUGAGGCCCAGCAGCAAGCUUUGGGACUGGCGGUCCCACGCAUGACAAAACUUCUCAUGGAGCGGCUAAUUGGCCCCGGCGAGGCAGCAGGCGAUACAGCCGAGGCUCCAAACGAAUGA